AUGGAGGGCAAAGCUGCCGGGCAGGUAGGUCAUGCAGCUUCAGGACACCUCAGCAUCUGUUCCUUCCUGUCUCUUGUAGUUUAUCUACUCUGCUUUUGAUACUUCCUUUGCCCUUUAGACUCCUGAUUUUCUGCUGUUUUAGCUUUCAUAAGGCAUGUGCUGUCAAAAAAAAGAAAAAAAAACAACCAUGAGAAAAAAUCUCCUGUUUCUUUUCUCAUUGCAUGGCAGCAAGUCAGAGAACAAGUGUGUGAGUCUCUUUCCUCGGCUUGUUAAACUGAGCGCAACACGAGAUUCGGUGUUGCUGUCAGCGACGUGUUACUCACUCAGCCGAGCCAGGGCUUUUCGCAAUCUCCUCGAUAGUUUGCCAGUGCUGCUUCUGCUUUUCAUUACGGGGGAUAAUUAACCGAGAUCAGCCAGUAAUAGGCUUCGCCAUUCGCAUUGUUCUCCAGCCAAGCUCAUCUUCUGUCUGCCUGUUUCUGCCUCUUGUUUGUUCUGCAGGUGUUGUCUGCAAAUGGACUUUUAAUGACUCUGGCGGACUUUCGGAGUUAUUCUCCUCUCAUAAGGCUCAAUAGAUUAAAACUGCUAGACUUGCAUGUUAGUUUUGCUGUUUAUUGUUUCACCUCUAAUUACCUAGAUUGAUAUUCCCCCCGUAGCUCUCCUGUGGGAUAGGUAAUGGAUUACCUACAUGCUCUGCUGUGGAUUUAAUUUAUUAAUGCUGGCAGGCUGCGUCUCUGCUGCGCCGCUCCGCGCUCACACCGCCUUCCUCGACCUGGAGGCAGAGCGAGCCGCACAAUUAGAGCCUCAUUUGUGCCUGUUUAUGUUUUUGCUCUUAAUUCCGCCUGAGCUCUUGAAAGCACUUCCUUAAACUGACACCGCCUCAGUCGCUCCUGAAAAAUUCCAGGCGCAUGAAAGCGAUAUCAUUUCAUAAGCUUUACACUAAUCGCUUUCUGGUCCAAUUAUAUAGCUCCCCUGUCAGUGCUCUCGUUGCUUUUGCAAUUAGCAGAAAUGGCAAGAAAAUGGGAGAUUAGUUACUCAGUUUAGCAAAACGCUGAAAUCAAUUUUAUUGCAGCAGCAUGAGUGCGGAGCAGCAUUAGCAACCUAAUUAGCUGUUUAUUUGAUGUCUGAUUUUAUUAGCCAGGGUGCAUGUCCUGCGUCUGCUGAAGCUCUUUCAUAUCCAAAUCCGUCUUUUUGUGGAUUUGUUUGGAAGUCGGGGGGGCUUAAUUGCGCGGCGGUAAAAGCUUUUCGCUGUGUUUUGCUGUGCUCGAAAAUGUGCAAUUUCGGAAAUCAUCCCAGCAUAACAGGUAAUUUUUGCAGAGAGAGAGAGCGAGCAGGUGACAUAAGCUGUAGCCCUCAGACACGGCUUUACCUUUGUGUUUGCCUCUGCUUUUGUCUCACAAAUGUUCUGUUUAGUAUUCCACAUCACUGCAGACAAUAUCCCAGCUGUUUGGCACCGAUCCCGCUGUUGUCCCUUUUUAUGUGACACUCAUCAGCAGCAAUAAAGCAUGAAUAAUUUUUCAGCGCUUAAUCUGCGACUGCAGAAACAUGCUGCUACUCCUUUUUUUUUUUUUUUUUUUUAAUUUCCUUCUCAAGGCGCUUAUAAAUCACCGCUGGAUUUUUCUUUGUGAACACACAGGAGAUGUCUUGUUCUUCUCCGCCCCGCGUUUGACUCAUCUCCUCAUUCUCCGUGGAGAAUAGAGCCGGGGAUGGAGAAGCAGAUAGAGGGAGGGAUUGAGGGUCCUUCACCUGCAGUUGAGCUGGUUAUAGCCCAGACAAGAGCCCUGAAACACGCAGGGCCGAGCGGAGCAGAACAGAGGAGAGCGGAGGUGUGGGAGGGAAAGGUCAGCUUUUUUUGCAGGAGAGAGGCAGGUGUGUGUGUUAGUAUGUGUGUGUUAGUGUGUGUGUGCGCGUGUGUGUGGAGGGGAAAGAAAAUAAGUAUACUAGAGUGUGCUUUCUCUAAAUCCCUUACCAGCAGGCUCUUCCGCGCCUUCACAGUGAUUGAAAAUUUUCUCAUUAGCUUGCCAUCCAACAUAAUUGUCUGUUAGAGCAGUCCGUCAAGAGCAUGCAGCAUGAUUAACUCGACUCAGCUGACAGCCACCCCCAUGACCCCACUGUGGGUUUGUCAGGAAUUAAUUUCCAUCAAGAAUGUAUCUGGGUUUGCAUAUGCAAAAUUCAGCGCUAAUCAAAUUAAACGGCUUCGAUUGCAUUGUUAACUUCUCGAUGUCAAGCAUAUCUACAUUUUUGAUAAUUCCACGCAUCUGCGUUCCAGAUGGGCAGGUUUAAUGUGCGUGUGUGAGAAGAGGGGGGGUUCACGAAUUCGCCGACAGGCACGGUGAUAAAGAUAGUGUGAAUGAGCACUGUGACACUGAACGAUGCCUGAGGGAGCCUCUUUAAAGGUGGCUAGGCUCUGCGGCGACUGUAAUACCAAUGAACCACUCCCUGUCAGCUCCGGCACAAUACUGAGGGAGAUCCAGGCGGGCACAUUGCCUCUACAAGUUCACUGUGGGGUGUCUGUGCAGGUGUGGGUGUUUUUUUUUAUUACGUAAAGGUAAAGUUCGUCGAUUAAUUGAAUUCAAAUAUCAGAAAAAAUUAGACUACCACUCUGAUGCUUGACAUGUUGUGCUCAUUUUGGCCUUCACAGUAGAGCAUGCACGCUAUUAUGCGUCGGCAUCAGGUGCUUAGAUUGAUGUGGAAGAAAGUGUGGGAUUGAGCAGAGUGUAUCCAGCAGGGGAAUGCUGUGUAGCGCUGCCAAGGAGAGGAGCAGGUGUGUGUUAGUAAAGCAGAGGGACGGGGUGAGCGUGAGGUGAGAGCGCUGUCGAAUCAGUGAGAAAUCGCGUUCUGGAAACAAUGUCUGUCAUAAAAUCACCAUACUGCACACACACUCAUACACACAUAUUCAGUGUGAUGUACUGAAGCCCGCUCAGCAACUCUGGUCAUAAAACCCGGAGCGCCUGUGGCCAUACUCGACUGCGACGCCGUUAGAGAAACUUUCACACUCUGCGUGUGUGCAUGUGCGAAAACGGCAGGAGCGGCACGGAAUUACAGAGUAGGACACACGUUUUCCCAUUUCAGACAUGAAAUUGGCGCCAUUUUCUCCCCCGCGAUUCAAAGAGGAGAGGCGAGAUCCAGAGCUGCAGCGCCGAAAUAGUCCAUCUUUUGACAGAGGAAUAACUACCCCAAAGUGCAGAGUGCAUUUAGAGCGAGAUAAGAUGGAAGAAGAAGAGCGGGGAGGUCAAGGUAAAAACAUCUCUCAAUGAGAGGAAAGAGAUACAAGCAAGGAGAGGUGAAUCUGUCUUCAGAUGGCCACCAUACAGUGAUAGAUUACCUGGCUGCAAACUGCACUGGGUUGUGCACUCUGGAGGGGUGAGUUUAAAGAACAUCAGCGUUGAUGAAUGGAUUCUGCCUUGGGCCUCACACUGGAGCGUUUGCCAAAGUCACAGUGAAACCUUACAGGCUGCAUCCGACGUUUUUGUCUCUGAUUUGCUCCAGUUUAACCCGAAAAUCCAACUAGUAACCUUUUAGAUGCAGAACUUUAGAUUAUGAGGUUGACUCACUAAGUAUGAUUCUCCUCAUUUGUGACCACGGUUCCGUGACACGUCAUUUCCAUCGUCGUCGUCAUCCUCUCCGUCUGCGGCCGUGGCUCCAGGCUGAGGUGUCAUGAGACGGAGGAUUAUAAAGUGAGCAGGGAUUCUACUUGACCUUUUUGGCUGGCACAGGAGGUACAUGUUGGGAGCAGCAGCCAGGCCUCGGCACCGUUGGGUGUCUGCCAAAGUCAGCGUGGCACCCUGACACACAGAUUAGAGGGGGGAGGCUUAGAGAUAUGCAGACAAUGAGAAGCCUGGAGAAUGGUAGCUGUAAGAGACGAAGUUGAUUGGCAGGAUUGUGUAUUCUCAAAAGUGUGAGUAUUUUCAAUCAAGACUUCUAGAUGAAAUGAAUCGAUGGAUUAAACCACCAGAUUAAUCCGGGAUUCAAUUAAUACUUAAUUUCUGCCAUAAGCAUGUUUUUCCUCCUUAUUUGGCAACUUAAACCAGCUGCAACUAACAAAGUAAGCAAUAAUGUCGCAAUUUUAUAAUACAGAGCAGACAGGCAGCUAAUUAAGGGAGCAAUUCAGCUGUGCAGCCAAGUGAGGCUUCAUGGGAAAUAACUGAUUUAGUGCAACAGCUGGAAAUCACAUUUACCGUAUCAUAAAAUACUUUCCCCCCCUCCAAACACUGUGUCAAUAUUUUGCAGCCCUGUUGUCGUUGGCAAUUUGCGAUCCCUGCCCUGUCCGACCGGUGUCACCCUGUAGUUCAGCAAGAAAGACAUUUGCAGGAAAAUAGAGAUUGUACGCCUGACGAUGUGAAAUUUAUUUGCCACCGAAUGGCGCAGGAUUUUCAGCUGAGAAAUGCUAUCUUCCCCCGCUGCUCUGUGAAUUCCUAAUGCUUGGUUUUUACGAGGUUGGCAGGGGUGCCUUCUACUGUUGCCUCCGCCGCACUCCCAUCUCUGUGCUCAUCCAUUAUUUAUGGCGCAUCGGCACGCACAGGCCCAGGAAUACACACAACACUUUCUACUUUUUUGCCCCGGCACACAAAUACUUCAGAGUUGCUGACAUCCUGACUGCUGUCAGUCUGGGGUGACCCUCAUGUCAGCGCAACUCCCGACCUCCUGACCUCCCCCCGCCCCAGUCCACCGCAGCGCUAACCCCGUGCCUCUCUUGGUUGCAGGUCAACAGGGGUCAUGAGGGUGUCGGAGGCCCCGGUUGCCGUUCAGAGCAGCUGAAGCAGACAUGGCCAAAGAAGUUUCGAAUGGCAGCGGUAGGCUCGGCCUCAUCGACUUCACCAGCCACAUCCUCCUUCGCCACGACCACCACUGGCUACGCAACAAGUACGUCUCCUCAUUAUUCAUCUUUGAGCAGAUUAGUCAGCCAUAGAAUCCAAAAAAACAACCCCAACUUUGACUUAAAUAUCUAGAAAAUACAGUCUGGGAGUAAAGUGCGUUACAGGCUAGAAAGGCGGAGCUUUCUCUCCAAUCAGAUGUUUUUAACCCUUGCAGUAGAGGAAGUUACAUCAAUGUGACGUCAUCAUGAUAGGGAAAAAAAAUUCAUGAGUAAUGUAAAAAAAAAAAAAAAAUUUUACCCAUCAGCAAAUCACAAACAUUUAAGAGAUAUUCUUCUAUUUUUCAAAUUUAAAAUUUAACUUUUUUUUCUUUUAACAAUAUUAAAAGUGCAAAGAAAUAUUAUGGGAUGAUAGAGUUCACCAUGGACAAAAUCAGUAUACCGUAUUUUUCGCACUAUAAGGCGCACUUAAAAUCCUUUUAGCUUGUCGGAGCACUGCAGCUACCGUAGCCUCACGGAGUUAUUGAAUGAGUUAAAUAAAGUUUGAUUAUCUGACUGUUUUGUUUGGGUUAAUGCGCCUUAUAAUCCAGUGUGCUUUAUAAUACGGUAUGCCUUAUGUAUGAAAAUAGACACAUUCAUUGAUGGUGCGCCUCAUAAUCAGGUGCGCCUUAUAGUGCGAAAAAUACGGUAUUCCACUCUGGUGAAAAAGUUUCACUUGAACAGAUUCAUACUGUUUAUAUCAGAACUUUUGAUCCGUUUAAAUGCAAGUUGUGAAACGUACGUUAUGUGAGAAACCGCAGCCACAAUCUGAAUACAAAGCCAUGUGUCGGGAGAUGACAAAUGAUAAUAGCCUUAGUUACAAAUGAGUCACUUAACCAAAAUACAGCAGCAACACUGCUGUGAUUUAUCUCUCUGUUCAGACAUUCAGUCACUGAAAUAGAUUUAACUUUCAAGUUUUUGUUGGAACUCUAAAGAAAACAGUUAACACACAUUUAAAACCAUCAAGGGCGCAACCUCUAACACGCUCGGAGUGAAAAAUAUAACCCACAGAUCUCGCAAAAGAAUGGUCGUGUGAAAAAUUAAAGCCGCUGUCAGGAUUUUUUACCUGGUUAUGAAACAAACGGGAAUUAAUUCUGAUGCCCUUAUGUGACCUACAAAAGCAAACAAGACUAUUAGUGAGACAAAUGAUCGUUGAUUAAAAUUCAUUUUUAAUGAUUAAAAACUACAGUCAGAGGGUUGGUGUCACACAAGGUGAUAGCAGGAGGCUAACGCAUUAAGCUUUAUUCAUUUCUCCAAAGGGAACAAAAAGGCAGUAGGUGGUAGACUUUUCUGUGGUAAGAAAAAUGACUUUUUUUUUUUUUUGUUUGGAAAAAAAGGUGGGAAGAAAAAGAUCUGAGGAGGAGUGUAAGGGGCAAGGAUGAGGAAUAAAUGAGGUGGGGGUGUUCAGAAAGCAUUUAGAAAUGUGAAGUAAAUUCCAAGAGAAGAGUUGAAAAAAAACCUUUUUAAUUAAAACCAAGAGGAAAAAAACAUGCCAUUUGUUCUUCUCUGCAGUGGUAACGGUAAAUGGACUGUGUUUGUAGGGAAUGUCUUUGGUCUUCUGUAAUUAUAACAAGAAAUUAAAUACACACCGAGCACAACCGUGACUCUGCAGAAUCUCCCUGCUGACACUGUAUGUCAACGUCUACUGAUAAAAGCAAAUAGCUGCCAUUACUUUGAGUGAGAAUCCAUAAUGUGACUCCACAAUAUUAAAGAAGCCAUCCAUUUAUAUAUGUAUAUAUAUAUAUAAAAAAAAAAACACACUGAUGCCUCCCUCAUAUGAGACCAAUUUGCUGCUCCCUAACUUCCCCGACAUUUCCUUAAUGUAACACUGAGGAUCUAAUGAUGAGCCACAUUACUUAUGCAGUCAAAACAUCAGGGAUUCUAAACAGGCACACUGUGCAAUUACCUCCACCAUGAGAGACGGUGCAGCGAAAUUUGAAUGCAUCAAAGUCUGCAGCCAAAUUUAGUCCAACACUCCGCUCCCAUGAUAAAAUGUGUUUGGAAGAAUGAACGAUUGGCUGAGGGACAAAAUAGCGAUCUAUCACCAGCUCGGCUCUUGAAAAUAUCUGUCCAAUAUUGCAAAUCUUAACGGAGAGACUCAAGAGACUUCACUCAUCAAAAUGUCAGCAACAGACACUAAAUAUUCAGAGGCGUGCUCGGCACUCUGGAGUAUUAAGCUGUUUUCCUCCAGAAUGUAAAAAUAAUGUAAAGCAGCAGCUGCAGUUGCUUUUGUCAAACCUCUGACAGGUCAUUGAAAUUCAACAUCUGACUCUCCGGUGCCCUGCUAAAUUUAAGCUAACCUCUUAGCCUCACGCAGCAUUGGGUUAGCGGAACAUUUGCCAGGCAGGAGAGCAGACGGACCUCACUAGAAGUCAAUUACGGUGACAUAGAGGGAUUGGAUGCCACCUUUUAUUUUUUAUUUUUUAUUUUUUUUAAAAAGAAGAGUCGCUCCUGCUCGCUGUCUCAGCUCCUCUGGGACGGAGAUAAACAAUCAAGUCUCAGCCGGCCGGCGAUCAGAUAGGAAAAUGGCUCUGAUCACUGGCGGGCAAAUAGGUUGAAGCUCCCGCUGAUUGGCGCAGGCGGGGACACACACGCCGCCAGUCACGUACACACUCGAGAACAGAGUAAGUGCUGUCAUGUGUGGAUCCAGUUUUGAUGUGCAAAGUGAAUUUGAUGUGCCCGUUUCUAAUUAACCUAUUAAUCAUAGCUCUCAUGUACCAGAUGUCUGCCCUCCCUUCUCCUGAGUAUGUGUGGAACCGUGUGUGUGUGUGUUGCGCUGCAUGGGGGCUGGAUGCAUAAUUAGGGCAUAUCAGCAGGAUGAACUCACACUUCAACAUGGGAGGGGGGGGGGGGGUCAUGGCAUAACACAGAUAAACCCUGCAACAGACCAGAGGUGCUAAAUUUAAAAAAAAGUGUCAUGACGUCACCUCAAACAGCCAACAUUUCUACAUUAAAAAACAGUAGGUUGAAUAUUCAUACAGACUCCUUUUGGGGGUUAAUUCAGGGUAAUGGUGGACUUUUCACCUAACUUUCCUUUUUUUUUGUUUUUUGGAAAACUUCACUCAAAACAUAAUUAAUAGAGAUACCUUUGGGACAAACAAAAACUAAAUUAAAUUGAAAAAAUUAAAAAAUUUUGACUUUUCAGGCUAUUAUUCUGCGAUGUUGGUUUGUAAAAAAUCACUUAAAAUGAAUGUUUUUCCACAAGUGACAUUUAAAUCAUUAAGUGACAGUGAUUGCAUAAUGUUAACCAGAUAAAAAAUCAGUGCUUAAAGUUAAGGAUGUCAGGCUUUUGAUGGCUAAGUAAGACCUGGAUUGAACACCCUAUUCAGCCGCCAAAAUGGUCUCAAUUUCGAGUCUCGUCCAAAGGGGGUGAGUAAGUAACUCAAAAACCACCUUCAGUCAUGAUCCGGCUUUCCUACUUACCACCUAGCUGUGAUAGAUGCUUGUCUCUAAAUGGUUGAAACCCCUCAUAAGUAAGUCUCAGUGGCACAUAUAACAUCUGUGACGACCACACAUGUCUUAUCAACAUAAGCCGAGGAAGAAUCUAGCACAGAAACAAGCCAGGGAUAGUAAAACACAAAAAGAGCUGUGUUAGAGACAUCAACCAAAGUGAAGACAACAGAAGAAGCAACUACAACACUUUAAAUUCAAAGUUUGUGAAGCAGGCCAAAGUUCAGACAAGGAGGCGGCGAGUGAGGAAACACUGCCAAUGGUCAAAUAUCUUAAACAUCCACAUACAUACUUGAUCCACCAUGUCCCUAUUUACAUUGAAAGUCAAUAUUUUUGGCCUGAAGUGGGACUGAGACUGUAACCCAAAGCUGUUCGGUCCCACAGGAGCAAACCUCCUGCUGUGUCUUGUCCGUUCAUGUCCAUUGUCUCAGCAGCAGCUGCAGAGCAGUGAGACAGCACUGAGAGAAAGAAAUGACUGAUGAUGGCGGUUUCGCCCCUCUCCUACAUGUGCUGCUUCAUAAACCUUUCUUACAGUGAAGACUGAGUAUCACCAUUCCUGCUUCUGCAGAGUCGUAGCUUUAAAUGCAAAGUAAACAUGGAGGGAGCGAGCAGACAUUAAACCACUCUGUAAAUAAAAUGUAGCUCACCGGGGAUGAAGAGCAGGGUUUUGCUUUGGGCUGGAGUUUAAUAACCAAAUUUGAACAAGUAAGGUAAGUAGUUUCAUUUAAUAUUGUUUUGAUAUGUAUUUUUUUUUUAGUUCACAUUUAUUUAUGUGAACAAUAGUUUAAAGCAUUAUUAAUCGAACCUUAAAGCUAUUUUUGAAGGAUUUACUAAUCAACAUAUGCUGAGAUUUAUAAUUUCUCAUUUAUAUUACCGAUAAUUUAUUUUCAUUCUGUUUUACACAGACAAUAAGACAUGAGCAAUCACUGCACAGUCUCAGCGACCUCCGGGCAGCUCAGAUAUUCAGUGUUUUUUUUUACUAAAACCUCCUUGAGCACUGAUUUUACCUCAGACUAUUAAAUGACUCACUCUCGAUUUACAGCUUACCUUGUAAAAAGAUUUGAUCCGCAGAAUCAUGUGUUUGUCUAACCAGGCACCGCCCACUUACAGCUCUAUCUCCAUUUUGGAGAUCAGAGUACCGCCAAAUAACGCCCCGCUAUGAGAAGCCAUCUGUCAUCUCUGCUGGUUUACAUCCAGGUAGUGAAGCAUCAUGGCGCUGUGGCUGUGACCAUUGACUGGCAGAGGCACAGCACUGGCUGGAGCAGGUGGCUCAGCCUGCAGUCCAGUUUAGACACAACAUAUGACCAGCAUUCGAGACCUGAAAUGAUGAAAAUAUUUGUGUGUUUUAAUUGAAAGAAGAUGUAGUCAUACAUAUGCAGGAAUAGCGGGGCGAAUUUAAUUGAGAGGUUGGUGCCUUGUUGUAGACAUGCCAAGUUAGAAGGCUGUGGCCUAAAUCCCACUCAGUCAGCAAGUCAGCAAUCCAAAUACAGUCACCAACCAAAUCGGUUUCUGGUUACGAACAGUCACCUCAAAAGAGGUCUUUGAAAUGAUUCCUCUUCUGUUUCGGGUUUUGUAACUCUAAAUAAAGAUUGGUGAAACAAAGUGAACUUUGCUUAUUCAGCCUCUUAUUUCAACAAAAAAAACCACUGCAAAGCAUCUGUGUCAUUUUCAUGUUAGUUCACAGACACUGUGUUGUGUCUUUCAGGUUUUCUGUUAUCGCCAGUAUCUCCCAGUAAGUCUUUGCAAUGA